AAGUGUGAUAAAAAUGAAUAGAGGUAUAAAUAUACCUAAUCCGAAUUCAGCGUAACGUUUACUAACGCCAUCAUGUCCACUCUACUUCAAUCCUCUUUCAUUUCUUCUUCUUCCAUCUCUCCGAUCACUCCGCGUUUCGCUCGCAUCUCCAUCCGUAACGCCGCCAGAUGUAAUAAUGCCGUAGUCUCUUUGAACUCGGCGAACGGAAUUCCAUAUCGUUCCACUGAACUUUCAGUUACCGGUUCUACUUCCAUUCCGAGUUUUCUUGUGGCGCCGAACACUCCCAUCCAUGAUCUCGUUAACAGAAAUCGUCUUCGUAUAUUCUCCGGUACCGCCAAUCCCGCACUCGCUCAGGAAAUUGCAUGCUAUAUGGGCCUGGAUCUGGGAAAGAUUAAGAUAAAACGUUUUGCAGAUGGCGAGAUAUAUGUCCAACUACAAGAGAGUGUCAGGGGGUGUGAUGUGUUUCUCGUGCAGCCCACAUGUCCUCCUGCAAAUGAAAAUCUUAUGGAGCUUCUCGUAAUGAUUGAUGCCUGUAGAAGAGCUUCAGCCAAGAAUAUUACUGCAGUCAUUCCGUAUUUUGGAUAUGCUAGAGCUGAUAGAAAGACUCAAGGGCGUGAAUCAAUUGCUGCUAAGCUUGUAGCAAAUUUAAUUACAGAAGCAGGUGCAAAUCGUGUUCUUGCAUGUGACCUCCACUCUGGGCAGUCUAUGGGCUACUUCGAUAUUCCUGUUGAUCAUGUGUAUGGACAGCCUGUUAUUCUUGAUUACCUUGCCAGCAAGACUAUUUGUUCCGAUGAUUUGGUAGUUGUCUCGCCAGAUGUUGGUGGUGUAGCUAGAGCACGUGCUUUUGCCAAAAAGUUAUCUGAUGCUCCUUUAGCUAUUGUUGAUAAAAGGCGUCAUGGGCAUAAUGUUGCUGAGGUGAUGAACUUGAUAGGUGAUGUAAAGGGAAAGGUAGCAGUUAUGGUAGAUGACAUGAUUGAUACUGCAGGGACCAUCGCCAAAGGUGCAGCUCUGUUGCAUCAAGAAGGAGCAAGAGAAGUCUAUGCAUGCACUACACAUGCUGUUUUCAGUCCUCCUGCUAUAGAGAGAUUGUCAAGCGGUUUAUUUCAAGAAGUUAUCAUAACUAAUACAAUUCCAGUUUCCGAGAAGAACUAUUUCCCCCAAUUAACUGUCUUAUCAGUGGCAAACCUUCUGGGCGAGACCAUAUGGCGUGUCCAUGAUGACUGCUCAGGUGGAAUUGAAACUUUUUCCAGUUUGGGCAUUGAUUGAACAUUUUGUUGUAUCUAUAUGUUAUGCUGGUUCCAGCUGAUGACACUUCGGUAACAACAAGUGGCAGAAUCAUUUAGUGGAUUUAUAGCUAAAGCUAGUCUUUAGUAAUACCUAUUAAAGAGCUAUUUGGGGAAUAUUUUGUACUUCAAAAACAUAUUGUAAAUAAAUUUGGAAUUCACAGGGAGUGUCGUGUCUUCUGUUUUCCCCUAUAGUACAGUUUUGUAAGAAAAAUAUUGAAUUGACUAUUCAGUGUUUAAAUCGGCUUAUACUAUGUAUUGAUGUAAGAAACAUUUUACUGAA